AUGAAAAUGCUCUCCAAAAAAGCCUUGUGCAACUCGCAUGGACAAGAUUCUUCAUACUUCCUAGGAUGGGAGGAGUACGAGAAGAACCCAUAUCAUGAGCUUCGGAAUCCAACAGGAAUUAUUCAGAUGGGUCUCGCAGAAAAUCAGCUCUCCUUUGAUCUUCUUGAGUCAUGGUUUCAAAACAACCCAGAUGCGGCUGGGUUCAAGCGAGACGGAGAGUCCAUAUUCAGAGAGCUUGCUCUCUUCCAAGAUUAUCAUGGCUUGCCUGCUUUCAAGAAUGCAUUGGUACAAUUCAUGGCGGAAAUAAGAGGCAACAAAGUAAGCUUUGACGCCAACAAGCUUGUCCUCGCUGCUGGUGCAACUUCUGCCAACGAGACUCUUAUGUUUUGUCUCGCUGAACCGGCCGAGGCUUUUCUCCUUCCCACCCCAUACUAUCCAGGAUUUGAUAGAGAUCUCAAGUGGCGAACUGGGGUGGAGAUUGUACCCAUAAAGUGCACUAGCUCGAAUGGAUUCCGAAUAACUGAGUCAGCUCUUGAAGAAGCUUACCAACAAGCACAAAAACGCAAUCUCAAAGUCAAAGGUGUGUUGGUCACCAACCCAUCAAAUCCACUAGGCACAACAACGAGCCGACAUGAGCUUAACCUCCUCGUUAGCUUCAUUGCUGCAAAAGGCAUUCAUCUUAUAAGUGAUGAGAUAUAUUCAGGUACCGUUUUUAGCUCUCCAAGCUUCGUUAGCGUUAUGGAGGUUCUAAUCGAGAGAAACCUCAUAAACACCGAAGUUUGGAAUCGAGUUCAUAUCGUUUAUAGCCUUUCGAAGGACCUCGGUCUUCCCGGUUUUCGAGUUGGUGCAGUUUAUUCCAAUGAUGAGAUGGUAGUGGCCGCAGCAACAAAAAUGUCAAGCUUUGGAUUGGUUUCUUCACAAACUCAGUACCUUCUCUCUGCUAUGCUCUCUGACAAGAAAUUCACAAGGAACUACAUUUCUGAAAAUCAGAAAAGGCUCAAACAACGGCAUGAAAUGCUAAUUUCCGGCCUUCAAAACGCCGGAAUCAGGUGUCUCAAGAGCAAUGCUGGUCUGUUUUGUUGGGUGGACAUGAGGCACCUACUGAGUUCACAAACAUUUGAGGCAGAGAUUGAACUGUGGCAGAAAAUUGUUUACAAUGUUGGCUUAAAUAUUUCCCCUGGAUCUUCAUGCCACUGCACUGAACCUGGCUGGUUUCGUGUAUGCUUCGCCAAUAUGUCCCAAGAAACCCUAAACCUUGCAAUGGAACGUAUAAAGUCCUUUGUUGAUUCCACCAUUACUUCUAAUAGUCAGAAUCAUCACCAAAAAAACAGAAACUCAAGAAGAAAGUCACUCACCAAGUGGGUUUUUCGGCUAUCGUUUCAUGAUCGUGAAUCGAAUGAACGAUAG